UGUCUCUUGAGAUCAUGAAACACCCAAUCAUUGUGACGAAAUCAUUUAAAGUAGAGCCUGGCCCAGAUGUGAGACUGUGACAUAGCUUCCCAUGGAGUCUGGAUCCACCAUAAUGGACCCCAUCUGUCUGGUGGAAAACCAGAACAAUCAGCUGACAGUAAAUCCAAAAGCACUGAAGAUUCUUGACCAGAUUUCUCAGCCUGUGGUGGUGGUGGCCGUUGCAGGGCUGUAUCGGACGGGAAAAUCCUUCCUGAUGAACCGCCUGGCAGGGCAGAACCACGGUUUCCGUCUGGGCUCCACAGUGAGGUCUGAAACUAAGGGCAUCUGGAUGUGGUGUGUGCCCCACCCCUCCAAGGAGAGCCACACCCUGGUCCUUCUGGACACCGAGGGCCUGGGUGAUGUGGAAAAGGGUGACUCCAAGAAUGACUCGUGGAUCUUUGCCCUGGCCGUGCUUCUGAGCAGCAUCUUUGUCUACAACAGCAUGAACACCAUCAACCACCAGGCCCUGGAGCAGCUGCACUACGUGACUGAACUAACAGAGCUAAUCAGGACAACAUCCUCUGCCAGCUCUGAUGAAGUACAGGACUCAGCCGAGUUUGUGAGUUUCUUUCCAGACUUUGUUUGGGCUGUACGGGAUUUCAUGCUGGAGCUGGAGUUAGAUGGAUACCCCAUCACUGAAGAUGAGUAUCUGGAGAAUGCUUUGAAGUUGAUUCCAGACAAGAAUCCCAAAAUCCGAAAUUCCAACAUGUCCAGAGAAUGUAUCAGGAAGUUUUUUCCAAAAAGAAAGUGCUUUGUCUUUGACCGGCCUACAAGUGACAAAAAAUUAUUACUCCAUAUUGAGGAAGUGCCAGAUAACCAACUGGAUGAGAAUUUCCAGAAGCAAUCAAAAAAUUUCUGCUCAUAUAUCUUUACCCAUGCAAAGUCCAAGACCCUAAGAGAAGGAAUCACUGUCACAGGGGGAAGGCUGGGGACUCUGCUGGUGGCCUACAUAGAUGCCAUCAACAGUGGAGGAGUUCCUUGUUUGGAGAACGCAGUGAUAACUCUGGCCGAGCGUGAGAACUCAGCGGCUGUGCAGAAGGCAGCCGACCACUACAGCGAGCAGAUGGCCCAGCGACUGAGGCUCCCCACGGACACGCUCCAGGAGCUUCUGGAGGUGCACGCAGCCUGUGAGAUGGAAGCCAUUGCAAUCUUCUUAGGGCGCUCCUUCAAGGAUGACAAGCAGACGUUCCAGAAGAAGCUGGUGGACAUCAUGGAGAAAAUGAAGGAUGUUUUCAUGAUCCAAAAUGAAGAGGCCUCUGUCAAAUAUUGUCAGGCUGAGCUUAAGAAGCUUUCAGAAUCCUUGAUGAAAAGUAUUUCAGGAGGAACUUUCUUUGUCCCUGGAGGACACAGUCUCUACUUAGAAGCAAGGAGCAAGUUUGAACAGGACUAUAAACUGGUUCCCAGGAAAGGAGUUAAGGCAAAUGAGGUCUUCCAGAGCUUCCUGCAGUCCCAGGCGGGAGUAGAGGAAGCCAUCCUGCAGGCAGACAAAGCCCUCACUGACGGGGACAAGGCCAUGGCAGUUGAGUGUGCCAAGAAGCAUGCAGCUGAGAGGGAACAGCAGCUGCUAAGAGAGAAACAGAAUGAAGAGGAGCAAAAAAUGGCGGCACAAGAGAGAAGCUUCAAGGAAAAUAUGACCCAACUGGAAGAGAAGAUGGAUAGGGAAAGAGAAAACCUUCUAAGAGAGCAGGAAGCAAUGCUGAAGCACAAGCUGAAGAUGCAAGAAGAACUACUUACAGAAGGAUUUAAAAAGGAAGCUGAAGAGUUAAAUAAAGAGAUAGAUCAACUAAAAGAAGACAUUGAAAUGACUAAAAAUAAUACGUCCAUAAAGAUUUCAGAGGUCCUUGAUAUGGCUAGCAUGGCAUUAGUUGCAGUACUACCUGGGGGGUAUAAAGUACUUGGUAUGGGAGUGAAACUUCUCAGUGAUGCUAUGAAAAGGGCUGAGAAUCCCUAUUAAGUAUAUCUUGAAAUGCUUCUUAUGUUUUAAUAGUGUAACACUGUAGCUCAUUUUUUAAAUAUGUUGUCACGACAGUUUUGUUGAAGAGGAGUUUAAAAAUAAAAACUGAUUACCAAAGAAUUACCAAAGUGAUUACCAGGGCCUGAAAUGCAAAAAAACAAACAAUUCUGAGAAUUAGUUAAUUUAAAGAAAUGGAAAACAAGUUGGAGGAUAAUGAUUAAUUAUAGAAAAGUGUUAAGAAAAGCAAAAAAACAAAUGGUAAGAGGAAGAACACUCGCAAUCUAUGAUACAGUCAUGGAGAUCAAUUCAUUAAGUUAUAAGGAGCCCUUAUAAAUCAGUGAGGAAAGAGCAACAAACACAAUUUUUUAAAUGUGCGAAAAUAUACCAAGAGAAUAAAUGUGUUUAACUUUACUGAUUAUAAAUGAUGUACAAGGUAAAAUUAGGAGGUACCUGUGUCACCUCUCAGAUGGGCCAGGAAGUACAGUUUGGACAGGGCACUAGCUAGCAAGAGUUCCAGGAAGUUGGCAGUCUCUGAUAUUUGCUAGGGAGAGUGCAAACUGAUGCAAAUAUAUACCAAAAAUUUAAAUGCAAAUACUGCUGAUACAGAAGUCCACAUUUAGGAAUUUAUCUUACAGAUUUAUUUACCCAAGUUGAAAAUGGCUUAUGUAGUAGUAUAUUUGUUGAAGGAUUGUUGUAAUUCCAGAAGACUGGAAACAACUUUCAAGUCUCUCUGUCACAUACUGGUGAAGUAAAUCCUGAGACACACUUACAAAGGAAUACUCUACAGUCACUGAAAUGGAAAGGGAAACUCUUAUUUGUGCUAACAUGAGAAAAUCUCAAGAUGCAGAAAGUGUGUAUAGUUGUAUUACCAAUUUAAAAAAAUAAUGAGUAUAUGCAUAUAUUAUCAUCUAUCUUUGGAAAAUACAAAAGAAAUUGGUAUCCAUGAACACAACAGGAAUGGACCUGCAUAUUUGAGGUAAGACAUGAGAGGAUAACUAACUUUGCAUGACACAUUCUUCUGUGCCUUUUAUAUUUUGUAUGAAUUCUUGCUUAUUGAAACAUAAAUAAAUACAGUUAUUAAAAUUAA